UUCACAACUUUCUGAUUGCGCAUUUGCACUGCGAUUCCGAGUUGAUCAAGUCUCCGAAAUGAGUGCUCCUAUGGAAGUUUCCAUGGAGAAUGCCCCUGAUGGCGGCGUCUCCGACCACAAUGGAGUACUUGAGGAGCCGCCUCCACUGCCAAAAUCGCCUCCCAGGGUCCAGGAAGAAAAGAUCCUUGUAUCAGUUGAGGUUUGCUUGAAGCCCUCUAGUACAGCUCGCCUAGAUGAUAUCCGUUUAGCGGUUGAAAGAAUGCUGGAAAAGAGGAGUAUGAGCUAUGUUGAUGGUCCGAUUCCAGUUCCACUUGAUGAUCCCCUCCUUGCGGAAAAUGUGCAGCGGAUAUGUGUGUGUGACACAGAUAUGUGGUUGGAGAAUGGUCAUAUUCUUUUGUUCUGGCAAGUUAAACCUGUUGUGCAUGUAUUUCAGCUUAGUGAGGAAGGACCAUGUGAAGAAAUGAGUGGGGAUGGCCAGCUUUCUACAUUUAAUGAAUGGAUUCUUCCUGCUAAAGAAUUUGAUGGAAUGUGGGAAAGCUUAAUUUACGAAUCUGGUCUCAAGCAGAGGUUGUUGCGAUACGCAGCAAGCGCUUUGCUUUUCACUGAGAAGGGUGUUGAUCCUUUCCUUGUAUCUUGGAACAGAAUUGUUCUUCUUCAUGGGCCUCCAGGAACAGGCAAGACAUCUUUGUGUAAAGCACUGGCACACAAACUUUCAAUUCAAUUUAACUCUAGAUAUCCGCAAUGCCAAUUGAUAGAAGUUAAUGCACACUCCUUGUUUAGUAAAUGGUUUUCUGAAAGCGGCAAGUUGGUUGCUAAACUAUUUUCAAAAAUUCAAGAAAUGGUAGAGGAAGAAAGCAAUUUGGUAUUUGUAUUGAUUGAUGAAGUUGAAAGUCUUGCUGCUGCUAGAAAAGCUGCUUUGUCUGGGUCAGAACCUUCGGAUUCUAUACGGGUGGUGAAUGCAUUGUUGACCCAGCUUGACAAGUUGAAAUCAGCACCAAAUGUCAUAAUUCUGACAACAUCCAAUAUCACUGCAGCUAUUGAUAUAGCUUUUGUGGAUCGAGCUGAUAUUAAAGCAUAUGUGGGGCCUCCAACUCUUCAAGCACGCUAUGAAAUACUAAGGUCUUGCUUGCAAGAACUCCUAAGGGCUGGAAUACUGUCAAAUUCACAUACACUGGGUGCUGAGCAGCUAAUAUUUCCAGUUUUUUCUAGCUUGAGAGACCACAUCGGCAAAGCUGUGACACCAGGAUCUCAACCACAGUUUCAGCUGUGUAAACUAUUGCUUGAAGCUGCAGAAUCAUGUGAGGGGUUGAGUGGAAGAUCACUCAGAAAGCUCCCAUUCUUGGCACAUGCAGCACUUGCGAACCCUCACAGCUGUGAACCCGACAAAUUUCUGCAUGCACUGAUAGAAACAGCUAAACGCCAGCGCGCAGAGGCAUCUGAUUGAGUGUGCAUGUCUGCGUUAAACGAUCCCAUCGUAGUUUUGAUGCAAAACUAUUGAUUAAGGUUUGAGGUGCAUGGUUCUCAUCGGCACACACUAGCAAAUUCCUUGGUGAGAAAUGAAAUGAUAUUGUGCUGCAUGAUCUGCAUCUGAGCGAGGAACAACUCUAUUCUGUGAAUUUGUAGCUAUAAACUUCAAAUUCUCUGUUUCUUAGGAUUGUAGCAGAUAGACUAUUGUAAUAAUAGAUGCACAGAUGUGAAUUAGGUAGGUACACUCAUAUAUAGUGUAGUUACAAUGGAACUUUAA